AUGGUGGUUCUUUCUUCCCAACAAGCCACAUUAAACGACUUAUUUCCCAUAAACACAUGCAAACCAACAACACCAACUGUAUUCAAAGGUGUUCCAGAGGUUGACCUUUCACACCCUGAUGCUAAAACACUAAUAGUCAACGCAUGUAUAGAGUUCGGAUUCUUUAAGGUUGUCAACCACCCUGUCCCGUUACAAUUGAUGACAAAUUUAGAAAACGAGACACUCAAGUUUUUCAAACAAACUCAGUUAGAGAAACAGAAAGCAGGUCCUCCAGACCCUUUUGGAUAUGGAAGCAAAAGCAUUGGCACAAAUGGUGAUAUUGGUUGGGUUGAAUACCUUCUUCUCAAUACUAAUCCUGAUGUCAUCUCUCCCAAAUCUCUUCACCUUUUACACCAUAACCCAAACAAGUUCAGGUGUGCUGUGGAAGAAUACAUAUUGGCGGUGAAGGGUGUAUGCUGUGAAGUGUUGGAAUUAAUGGCGGAUGGAUUGGGGAUUGAAGAGAGGAAUGUGUUUAGCAGAUUGGUGAGAGAUGAGAGAAGUGAUUCUUGUUUGAGAGUGAAUCACUACACGGCAUGUGGAGAAGUUGAAGCAUUGAGUGGAGGAAAUUUGAUUGGGUUUGGAGAACAUACAGACCCACAGAUCAUAUCUGUUCUAAGGUCUAACAACACAUCAGGAUUUCAAAUUUGUUUGAGAGAUGGAGUUUCUUGGGUUUCAAUCCCACCUGAUCAUACUUCUUUUUUCAUAACAGUUGGUGAUUCCUUGCAGGUGAUGACAAAUGGAGGAUUAAAGAGUGUAAAGCAUAGGGUAUUGACUGACACAAACAUGUCAAGAUUGUCGAUGAUUUACUUUGGAGGACCACCCUUGAAUGAAAAGUUGGCACCUUUGCCUUCAAUAUUGAUGUCAAAGAAAGAACAGAGUUUGUACAAAGAAUUCACAUGGAGGGAAUACAAAAAUGCUGCUUAUAAGUCAAGGUUGGCUUAUAAUAGACUUAGUCUUUUUGAGAAAAAAUCUGUUGCUCAAUGA